GUGUUGUAAGAAUAACAUGUGCGCAGUACACGCGGUCUACACGUGACACGCACCUCUACUAUAACCUAGCCAACCUGUUUGUAGCUAAAAUCAUAAUUUAGUUCUUGUGGUCUUGUCUGUCAAAUUUUCAGUGUGCCAUUUUAAUAUUCGUUUUUAAUGUUUAUUUGUCGAAGUGGAUUCAUAGAAAUUAUUAUUUUGAAACUAGGAAAGUGAAGUCGGACUAUUAUUGUUGGAAAUUCAAGGUCGUUACUCAAUCAAGGCACGGCAAGAAACCUUCCUCCAUCCCCGACACACAGAGCUACUCUGACUCACUAAGCGUCCAUUCCUGAGAUACUCUGACCCACAACGGCCAACCCCGAGCUACUCAGAUCCGCUACAACGGCCAUUCCAGAGAUACUCUGACCCCUACAACGGCCCAGAGCUACUCAGACCCGCCACAACGGCCAUUCCAGAGCUACUCAGACCCGCCACAACGUCCCAGAACUACUCAGGCUCACGACAAAAUUCAUUAUAUCCCCACGAGACGAGCGUCUCGCUGAGUCUGGAUACAUCGUCAACUCUGCACCCAUCUUCUAGAUUCAUCGUCGCUGCUCACGACAUCCCGAUAAAAGGUGGUGUGGUCGGCAGUGGUGGUGAAGGCGCAGCUAUUGACUCCUUCAGCAGGAGCGUCGCCCCCUCCCCUGUGAUGCUUGCAGCGGCCGCAGCCGCAGCUGCUCAGCACAACCCCAACAAGAGGUCCCGGAUAGACAGCAUCAGGGUUAACAGCAGCAGCCAGGUGAGCAACGGCCCGAUGACGGGGGGUGCGGCCCUGCACGCGCGGCCGCUGGUGGCCCUGCUGGACGGCCGCGACUGUGCCAUCGAGAUGCCCAUCCUCAAGGACGUGGCCACCGUCGCCUUCUGUGAUGCACAGAGCACCUCUGAGAUACAUGAGAAGGUGCUGAACGAGGCGGUGGGGGCGCUCAUGUGGCACACCAUCAGCCUGACGAAGGAGGACCUCGAGAAGUUCAAGGCGCUCAAAAUCAUCGUCAGGAUCGGCAGUGGCAUCGACAACGUCGACUCUAAAGCUGCGGGCGAGCUGGGCAUCGCAGUAUGCAACGUGCCCGGGUACGGUGUGGAGGAGGUCGCCGACACGACCCUGUGUCUCAUCCUGAACCUCUACCGCCGCACCUUCUGGCUGGCGAACAUGGUGCGCGAUGGCAAGAAGUUCACCGGGCCAGAGCAGGUGCGGGAGGCAGCACAAGGAUGUGCCAGGAUACGCGGGGACACCCUUGGCAUCGUCGGGCUCGGUCGCAUCGGCUCAGCAGUGGCACUGCGGGCCAAGGCUUUUGGCUUCAACGUGACGUUUUACGACCCAUACCUUCCUGACGGCAUUGAGAAGUCCCUGGGGCUGACCAGGGUCUACACUCUCCAGGAGCUACUGUACCAGUCCGACUGCGUCUCUCUCAACUGCACCUUAAACGAGCACAACAAUCACCUCAUCAACGACUACACCAUCAAGCAGAUGCGCCCAGGUGCCUUUCUCGUCAACACUGCCAGGGGCGCCUUGAUCGAUGAAGGCGCCUUAGCAACCGCCCUUAAGGACGGCCGCAUACGAGCUGCUGCCCUUGACGUGCACGAGAACGAGCCUUUUAACCCCUUCGCAGGUGCCCUCAAGGACGCGCCUAACCUGAUCUGCACGCCCCACGCCGCCUACUACAGCGACGCGUCGAGCAACGAGCUCAGGGAGAUGGCGGCCACGGAGAUCCGGCGCGCCAUCACAGGACGCAUCCCCGACGUCCUCAGGAACUGCGUGAAUAAGGAAUACUUCGUAUCACAGCCUCCUGUUGCCGCUGUUGCGCCCAACGUUCCACCUGUUGCACCGCACUACGUCGAGGCUGCAGCAGCUGCUGCAGGUGCAGGAGUGAACGGUGCAGGUGCAGGAGGCUACUUCGUGCCCGUACACAGCACCGCUACGCACGAGCUGGCGGCCGUUGCUGCUGCCGCUGCCGCUGCGGGGGUUACUAAUAUCGGUGGGGCGGUUGCACCCGCUAGCAUUGCUAGCCUGAGUGCUGCUAAUAACCUAGUGGGCAUCGGCCCCCCUGCUCCCCCAGCGUCCGCCCACCACGGCCCACCAGCCGUCGCCCUCUCCCUCGCAAACCCCACCGUCCCGCCGCCCGCCGUGAGUGUCGCGCUAGUGGGUCAACACAACCCACGGGACGACCCAAGAUUCUAGUUAGUGCCACGGCACACCACUAGCGGGCUACAACGGCCGGUAUCAACGUAAAGCCUGACGUAUCGUAAGCUGCUGUUUUUACCGUUGCUGAAACUGGUACCUCUGCUGCAAUUGGUGCCUCUGCUGCAAUUGGUACCUCUGCUGCUGUUGGUACCUCUGGUGCUGUUGGUACCUCUGCUGCUGUUGAUACCUCUGCUGCUGUUGAUACCUCUGCUGCUGUUGGUACUUCUGCUGCAAUUGGUACCUCUGCUGCUGUUGGUACCUCUGCUGCUGUUGGUACCUCUGCUGCUCACCGGCGGUACCCUGGUCUCGAAGUAGCCAACCUCACCGAAAUGCUAUCUACAGUCUUGCCUAAUGUCUAUUUCGUGUUGAACGCCAUAGCUUUACGAUACGAGAAGACAUUAACAUUUGUUUUCUUUGUUCAUUAUAUGGAGAUGCCCCAGAAAUUAUGUUUUGUUUUUCAAUUUAUUGAGGUUCUCUGGGAAAAAAUGCAUGUUUUAUAUUCAUAGGACGGCGAUCUCUCUCAGGAAUUAGUUUCCCGUUACAUGUUCAUAUAACUGCCGAAAGUUCAAAUUUUUUUUCAAAGUUUGAAGAGUUUGACCUCUAUGAAGAAUAAAUAAUAUAAUUUCUGAUCAAUUCUUGAUGACUUCUGGAAAGAUGUUUAAAUAAUUCCGAUCAUUUUAGGGCUAUGUUGUUGGCAGGCGCGUGUACGGCUAAGAAGAGUUGGUCUGUUACUAUUACUAAGCAGUUGCGGGUGUUUCCUGAUGGUACAGUGAAGUAUUUGUGAAGUGUACAUAGAGUUAGGCGAGAUGGACGGUCUUGUAAAUACGUGUACAGUAUUUGCUGUGCGUACACAUACGGUGUGCUUCAGAUAUCAGUCCCCCAUCGAGAUACUAAUUUGUAGUGCAAAAAUAACCUUAGUCUUAAGUAGCUUAAGUGUGAUCUGUACAAGGUAACUCUAAGAGAUACUUUAUGUUUAGACGCGUGGCCAAAGUUCCGUGUCAGCUUCAUACUGUUAAGUAUCUGCAAUAUUUCAGCGUAGCUUUGGUCUUCAAAUCUGUCUACUCGUGGGCCUCACAGAGCUUUGGACUGAAGCUGUAAAGAACUCGCAACAAUACAAUCCUUCCACUUACAUUUACUCUGUAAGACCUCAAGCAUAUGAUACCGGGUAGACCUGAAGUCUUUCGAUCUGUCCAUUUUCGAGUCUCAGGGGCUUUGGUUUUGUGGCCAUUUAGAUCUCAAGUUUUUAAAAAUUCCGAAUUUUUAUGUGAGCAACACUUAAAAGAAUCUAGGACUUAGAGAGCCCCUAAGGCCUAAAUUGUUUCAAACUCGCUGGAUUCUAUGAUUUGGAAGAUAUUGAGAUAUUGUAUUCCGAGGCUUUCGGAAUUCUAAUUCUUACAGAAUGUGGGACGCAUUAAAUUUCAAGUGUUUAUGAGAUUUGCCUUCAAAGACUUACGGGAUAUUGAUAUCUGGCCCGUAAAUAUUCAAAUAAAUUAUUUCAGAAUAAGAGUGUCUCAAAGUUUUGUACAACAUUGAUCGCUCGUUGAAUUUUUUGUUUCCAUUGUUCCCGAGAUCUCGUUUAACUUUUCGUGAGGUCGACGUCUGCACCUCGCAUCGUCAUUGAAGCCGUUGGCAUAUCUUGCCCGCUUGUCACUGGAACACCAACACACUGACCUCAUUGGAGAUUAAAUAAUAUAUAUUUUGUAGCUGUUGCUGAUGAGAAGUUCUAUAAAAAAUUGAUUUCGUUCAUGAAAUUCUUAUUUGGUUGGUAAUCGUUUGUAUUGAACGAUAUGCAGUGUCUGCAUGGAUUCUGAAGGACGGAUAUUCGUUGUAAUAUUUUGUCAGACAGAUUUUCGUUAAUUAUUAUUAUCGGAAUAAUUUGAUCUGAAAUUUCCCGUGAAAAGAACAUACAGUAAUGGGGAUUAUGAAGUAUCGUGUUUCUUCCACGAAUGUGGUUAUUGCAAGUUACCAAAAUUAACCAAAACAUCUCACCGAUAUUACGGUUCAAGUGACGGAAGUUUCCAGCUUAUUUUGGUAUGGCGAUUAUUCUGUGUAAAAAAAGUUUUGUUAUAGAAUGGCGUUGUCAAAUGAGAUGUUAUCUCAGUAGCCCUUCUGUGUUGGUAGCGAUGUUAGUGCGCAUCUUCGGUACAAAUUUUGGCAUAACAGCGAAAUUUUGUUGAGAAUUUCUUGUUUGCCGGGUCAUUCUGUUCAAGUAAAAACUGAAAAUAGUUGUAUAUGUUUUAUUGUAUGCUCCAUAUUGUUCGUUGUGGGAUUAAUGAAGAAGGGUAGUAAUUUGUGACUCUAUUUUGUUCAGUGUUUAAUAAAUUCAAAUCUAACUGUGGUGAAAAUUAUAUUUAUUGGGGGUGUGUCUUAUUGUGAGGCUGAAUGUGAUUCGUGUGAUAGGCAGAAAGAUAUUGCUUUUCAAUUAAUGACAUUCACGUAUAUUAUAUCUUCAAUUACAAUUGAAGAAUCAUCCACGUUUACAAAGUGUCAAUCCAUUUGUAUUUUGAUUUUAAAAGAGUGUUCUGAAUCGGUUUCUGUAAAGCUUGUCGAAAAAUGUUUUCACUUAGGCUAGUUUUUGAUAGACCGAUUUAUCAGAAGUCGUUUCUUUUAACAUGAAAUUUACAUUUAUAAUCCAAAAGCAUUCAAUAAUUUUGUUUUGUGAUCAAGUUAAGCAUGUAGAUGCCAAAUUGCGAUUACAAUAAUCCCUUGGACAUUUAUUUGACUUGUUCUGAUCUUUAAAAAAAAUCCGUUGGAGUUCAUCCCAAAAGUGGCUAUUUUCAAGCAUGCUUCAGAGUGUAUAUCACGAUAUUUAUGAUGUAUCGGGCAAGUAAAUAACGGUUGAGGGAUACUAUUUGAGUGGGAAUUUACGAUAACUUUUCUUUAAAUAUUUUAUUUAAACAUUUUGGAUUUCAAUUCGUAAGUUUUGUCUCACGAUCAACGCUCUGGAAACAGUGAGUGAAUACCUGCACUGAAAUGAACGUUAAUAGGCAUUGAAUUAAUAACAAUGUGCAGUGAAUAAAUAAUAAAGUGAAUUGAUAAUACUACUGUGCAGUGAAUAAUUAUUAAUACUGUACAGUGAAAUAUUGUGCAGUGAAGAGAAUACUCGCGUGUGUGUCGGUGCAGUCCAAUACUUGGCUCUUUAUCUCAUACGUCCGCUCACGGAGCUUCAUACGACCUGUACUAGUUUAAGUCUUGAACGUGUGUGUUCUGCAGAGAGAAUAUAACUUGAAAUCUU